CUCUCCUCCUCCUUCAUUCUUUGGUAACCCAUCUUUGCGUCGUCGAUUGGCACGCGUCCGUUCGUUCUUCACACCAGUCGCUCUUUCUUUGAGCUGUUGCUCAAUGCAACAUGCUGCCAUUCUUUUAUUUUCUUUUGUUGUCUAAUGUUGCUUUAGGUUCAUUGGGAAAAUGGGAGGGUUUCAUGCCAUGGAGGAAGAAUCUGUUGGAACGCGACGUCGAACCGACCUGCUCCUGUACGGAUCCAAUUGCCGCUGAGUGGGCAACCAACAAAUUCUUUGCGGAUGCUGCGACGUCUGCUGCGACCCCGGCCGGUUAUUAUCAAGCAUUCAACAAUGGACAAGCAUGGAUCUCAGGAGAUGGGUUUAUUGGACACACGACAAUUGAUGAGUACGACAGCGGCAUCUGCGCGGCCAUUUGCAAUGGCAUUGAUGAAUGUUCCUCGUUCGAAAUCUACUUUGAGAAGGAAAUCGGUGGACCGGCCCCGGCAAUCAAGUGUUCUUUCUGGGCUGGAGCGAUUACACCAAGUGGUUCAAGCAGUGCGAAUGCCGUGAUCGCCGGUUGCAACGGCUAUACCAACAGCACCCUCACAACUCCCAAAGGGUUCGAUGUGCCGGUAUUCAUGGCGGGCGCCGCAAUUCAUCCACCACCGACUUCUGGAGCAUUCAUGGGCUCAAAGAUCUUUUAUGGACCAUUCGACACUUCAAAUUGCGCCGAGGAGUGCAGUGCCGUCGGCUGCAAAUUCUUCAACACCUAUGUUCUGUCUAAGAAUGGUGUGAGCCAGGGCCAAUACUGCGACUUAUACGCUCAGCCGUUUGGACCAGAGUGGGCAACCGAAACCGGAAGCUCCGCUGGGAACACAAACUUUACCAUCUCCCAUAGCUUUACCUGCGGUUCGGCAGGAGAAAAGCGUGGUGAGGAUUUGUCUAGCGGCGUGUCCAGCGUCUCUCCGACCACGACGCCUGUCAGCAGCAGUGGCACAGAAGGGUCUUGGGAAGACCAUCAUCCUUGGCACGGAAGUAGCCCCUAUGCAGGGAGCGGUGCAAGCAGUGGCAGCAGCUCCUCAAGCAGCUCUAAAGGUGCAUCUUCUGCAGGGCCGUCUAAGACUUCUGGACAAGGGGCAGGUAACCAAAGCGGACACUCACCAUCUACUUCGACAUCAGGUUCUCCGACUGGUAAGCACUCACGGCCUGGAGGUGGCACGGGGGCCACGGACUCUUCUCACACGCCAACAUCGAAGCCUGUUUCCGGCACCCCCACGGGCAAGCCUGGGGACAACUCGGGAAAACCAGAUCCGGUUGAUGCUACCACCGUAGCUUCCUCAACCUCUCCUACUGCCGCGCCAAAUCCAGGUCCUUCAGAAUGGAGCGACUGGGAUAGCUGGAGUAGUACUACUUACUCAGGCCCUGGUGCAACCUCCUUGCCCGUAGAUCCUGUCUCUCGAGGGACGAGUAGCAGCUCGACGUCUGGCGCUAUGAGUGUUGACCCCGUCCGAACAUCAUCGCUGUCGACCAAGUCUGGUAGUACCUCCCAUUUUCUCCCGCCCAGGUCAAGUGCUGCCUCUCGUUCUGAGGAAUGGCUUGACUGGACAAAUACAAAGAGCUCUGUAUCCGCCAUCUCGAAGUCGACGGGCACAACUACUCCGCAGACCGUCGCUGGGUCGACAAGUGCAAAACCAACAAGCACUAAACCCGUGCAGACACGGCCAUCAAUUGAUCCCUCGAGGCCUGGUAGAGGUCCUGCCCACACAACGCCGAAACCUUCGUCCGAAAACACAGUUGCUGCAGCAAGCACUAAGCCAUAUUCUGAAAGCCAGUGGCUCGACUGGAACAAUUCUCAAUCAUCAACAACCACGGAGGUCUCUUCGACCACCACAACGAAACCUGUGGCGGCGGCGACCACGAAGACCAGCUCUGUUCCCGAUAGCCGGCCAGGCCGGCCAGGUCAGCCGACUCGACCUCCAGUAGGCCGUCCACAAACAUCACCCAAUAGAGGGAACGGCGGCUCUAGCGAGUGGGGAGACUGGGAAGCGACCGUAGGGGAAAGUUCCUCGGACAUCUUGACUACGACGAUCACCUCUUCCAGCCCCCUCGAGGCUGCGACGACGAAAUCUACGUCUACCUCUCCCGCUAGUUCUGGAAGGCCACCUAUUUCUCGGCCGACUCGCCCCGGUGGAAGGCCGCAGCCAACACAUACUUGGUCUCCAUCCACAUCUAGCGCUGUGCCAGUGGACGCUAUUACGACAACCUCAACGACAAGCGCAAAAAGAUCUCCCGGCUCUACUUGGCAAUCACACAGCGGAUCAGAGGGAAUAUGGCUUGAUUGGACGACGUCAUCGACUUCAAGUGCUCUCACGGUUGACGCGAUCACAACGUCUGUUCUUCCGACAGUCACGUUAACAACGAAGUAUUCAAGGCCUAGUGGCUCUGGAUGGCCUUCGCACAAUGACACAGAGCAAAUAUGGCUAGAUUGGACCACUUCAUCGUUCACCUCGAGCUCUCUCAACGUCGAUGGGCUUACUACAACCUCUUCUCCCUUAACUACAUCGACAGCGCCAAGACCAAGCAGCUUCGCCUGGCCCUCAGAGAAUGGGACAGGAGGGAUCUGGUUGGAUUGGACGUCCACAUCCUCGACUUCAAGCUCCCUGUCCGUUGAUGCCGCGACGACAACUACCUCCAGCGCUUCCGCGGGCCACCAGAAGCCGAGCAGCUUUGCUUGGCCCUCAGAGAAUGGAACGGGACAAAUAUGGCUUGACUGGACCACAUCUUCAACGUCAAGCGCCUCGUUUGUUGAUGCUGCAACUACAACAACUUCGAGCCUUUCGACGACUAGUUCCACAGCUUCCAUUCGGCCGACCAGCUUCGCCUGGCCCUCCGAGAAUGGAACAGGUCAAAUUUGGCUAGAUUGGACCACCUCUUCAGCUUCAAGCUCUCUAUUGGUUGACGCUGCGACAACAACCUCAACUCUUUCAACGUCGACUUCGACUUUCUCGAGGCCGAGUGGCUCUGGCUGGCCCUCGGAGAGCGGAACAAAACCAAUGUGGUUAGAUUGGACAAGCAGUUCGUCCACUUCCAGCUCUCUAUCCGUCGAUGCAGUAACAACGACCUCCACUACCUCUUCACGUGAAAUUAGGCCUUCUGGUAGUACCUGGCCCGCGGAAAAUGGUAGUCUGUGGGAAGAUUGGAGCAGGACAAGCUCGUAUGGAUCGACUGCACGCUCUGUCGCCGACGCCACUACGACUUCGUCCACAUCCAGUAUCCUCACUGUUGCCGACGUCACAACCUCGUCCAAGACAAGCUCAAGAGCGUUUUCCUCUGGUUGGCCAUCGGAAAAUGGAAGCCUGUGGGAAGACUGGACGAAGACGACCUCGUCCAUAUCGACUGUUCUUUCCGUUGCGGACGCUACAACCUCAUUCCUUUCUACGACUACCUCUAGGCCAUUUUACUCUAGUUGGCCGUCUGAAAAUGGCAGCAUGUGGGAAGACUGGACGAAGACGGUCUCGUCUACAUCGACUCUUCACUCUGUUGCGGAUGCUACGACUUCGUUCACUUCUACGACCACUUCAAAGGCAAUUUACUCCAGUUGGCCGUCUGAAAAUGGCAGUAUGUGGGAAGAUUGGACGAGGACAACUUCGUCCAAGUCGACUCUCCUUUCUGUUGCUGACGCCACAACUUCUUCUCCCCCUCUUACCACCACGUCUCAGACGAGUUCAAGGGCUAGCUACUCUAGUUGGCCGUCUGAAAAUGGCAGCAUGUGGGAAGAUUGGACCAAAACGUUUUCAUCCACAUCAAGUGUGCUCUCUGUUGCUGAUAUUACUACAACCUCGUCUAUCAGCACUGUGACAUCCACAACAAGUUCCGGAGCUGGCUAUUCCACUUGGCCUUUUGAGAAUGGCAGCAUGUGGGAUGACUGGACAAAGACUUCCACCUCGACCUCGAGUAUUCUGUCUGUUGCCGAUGCUACUACAACUUCUCUAAGUACGCUAGCCUCCACGACCAGUUCCAGGCCUGGCUAUUCCACUUGGCCGUCCGAGAACGGCAGCUUGUGGGAGGACUGGACAAAGACAUGGACCUCGACCUCAAGUAUUCUGUCUGUUGCCGACGCUACUACAACUUCUUCUCUUAGCACCGCAGCCACUACGACCAGUUCAAGAGUUAGCUACUCUAGUUGGCCAUCUGAGAACGGCAGCAUGUGGGAAGAUUGGAGUAGAACGACUUCGACUUCGUCAACGUCGAGUGUGGCCUUUGUGGAUGCUGAAACGACAAGCUCGUCGCUCCCCACCUCGACUCAGAGCUUGAGACCAUAUAGCUCUACAUGGCCAUCUCACAGCGGCAAUGUCUCGUGGGAGGAUUGGACCGUAACGUCGACUUCGAGCUUGCCUGUUGAUGCUCUUACCACCACAUCCAGCCUCUCUACCACUACGUCAGCAUUUUCCUAUCCAUCGAGCGCAUCCUACAACGGGACGUACAGUGGAAAUGGGACAUGGGAAGACUGGGCCAGCUGGUUGAAUCUGACUUCAGCAAGUUCAACAUCCACCAAGUUGCCCGUUGACGCAUUGACUACUUCCACUUCAACAACGACAAGUUCAUUGUUGACAACUAGCUCUCGACCCUCAUAUCCAGGCUAUCCUUCUUACACUGGAACCUGGGAGGAUUGGGAAGCGACGUCGACAUCCGUAAAGCCCACGAGCUCUUCUCUGCUCCCGGUUGAUGCUCUGACUACGACAAGUUCAGUAUCGCCGACAACAUCCAUUGCUGCGUAUUCAAGCUAUCCAUCGUACAAUGGAUCCAUGAAUGGCACCUGGGAAGAUUGGAAUAUCACGUCAAAAGGUACAUCGUCGGUAUCAUCCACAGUCGCAACGACAACGAGCUCCUCUUUCGGCUACCCUGGCUACAAUGACUCGAACUCUAUCUGGUUGGAUUGGAAUUUGACAUCGACGACCUCUGCAACACUGAGCACUUCGGCGUUGCCAGUUGAUGCAGCGUCUACUGCCACUACGUCGUCCUCAUCCUUACCUCUAACCACGACCAGCUCUGCCUUUGGCUAUCCCAGCUAUAAUGACUCAAACUCUAUCUGGUUGGAUUGGAAUUUGACGUCGACAACUUCCUCAACAUUGAGUAGUUCUACGCUGCCGGUUGGAGCUGCGUCCACUGCCACAACCAGCUCUGUCUUUAGCUACCCGGGCUACAAUGACUCGAACUCUAUCUGGUUGGAUUGGAAUUUGACAUCGACAACUUCCUCAACAUUGAGCAGUUCGUCAUCACCAGUUGGCGCUGUAUCUACUGCCACGACUAGCUCUGCCUUCAGCUACUCUGGCUACCCGUCAUAUAAUGGGUCAAUGAAUGGUACUUGGGAAGAUUGGAAUUUGACGUCUGUCUCUAAGACGCAGACCACCUCUGCCCUGCCGGUUGAUGCGCUAACUACCAGCCUGACCUCCUCUCUAACUACUACCACAACAAGUUCCGCUUUCGCGUAUCCGACGUCAGGCAAUUGGACGGGUUACAACGAGAGCGCGUGGUUGGAUUGGAACAUAACAAUCACCAGAACAAGCACUUUGUAUGUCGACGGAACAACCACGUCGUCUUCUAUUUCCACCAGCACCACAAGUAUGGCUCCAACCACAAGCUCAACCAGAGCAUAUCCAACUGCUUCAUAUAAUGGCACAGGGAACUGGACGGAAUCGGCAUGGCUGGAUUGGAACUUAACAUCAACGACGACCAGCGCGGAAUAUGUCGACGGUCGAACAACAUCAUCUUCCGUGGCAACCACUACAAGCUCGGCCACGGCUUAUCCGACUAUGUCAUAUAACGGUACUGGAAAUUGGACAGAAUCGGAGUGGCUAGAUUGGAAUCUCACGUCAACCUCAUUUGCCUAUGCGCGCACGACGACAUCUUCUCCCAUCACCACGACUACAACCUCAGAACUCCCAGUUGAUGCGGCUACCAGGUCAACUUCAUCCACAACUAGUUCCCUCGCAAGUUCCUCGACCUCCGGCUUUCCCAACAUACCGCCGCAGAACAUAACUGGCAAUUGGUCCGCGUACAAUGACUCGAAUUCCAUUUGGCUGGAUUGGACAACAUCUACAAGCUCUGGGACUGUGUCCACGACAUCUAGCUCGCAAGCAGGCUAUCCAACAAUCCCAGCCUUUAACGGGACUGGCAACUGGUCAGAUUGGCUGUCCAAUAUAACCUACAGCUCGUCGUCGCGAUUUGUUGAUCCGCGAACAACCACUUCUUCCCUGAGCACCUCCUCUGUCCUUUCUGUGGCUGCCACCGCUCUGACACCCACUUCGUCUUCAAUUUCGACUUCCACAGCGACAGGAUACCCAACUGUGCCGGCGUACAACGGCUCAUAUCCCUCGACGAACUGGACAGAUUGGAACGGUACAAUUCCUUGGAAUAUGACAACUUCCACCUUGCCUACGUCGACCACAACUACGUCAGUAGGAUAUCCGACGAUUCCAGCGUAUAACGGUUCGUAUCCUUCGACAAAUUGGACAGAUUGGAACGGCACGAUUCCAUGGAACUUCACGACUUCUGCGUCCGCUACGUCUUCGUUGAGCACGUCCUCCGUUCUCUCAGUCGCUGCUACUGCAUUGACGCCUACUUCGUCCACGACUACUUCAGUUGCAGGAUACCCAACUAUUCCGGCCUAUAACGGUUCAUAUCCUUCGCAAAACUGGACGGACUGGAACGGUACGAUUCCUUGGAAUGUGACCUCCGUAACUUCGGCCACUUCUACUUCGGCCACUAGUUCAGUAGCUGCUUAUCCGACCACGACAUAUAGCGGAUCGUAUUCUUCGACGAAUUGGACUGAUUGGAAUGGCACAAUUCCGUGGAACCUCACGUCGUCCUUGAGCACAUCUUCAACGGUUUCUAUUCUUUCCGUCGCUGCGGCCAUGACCAGCACCACUUCCUUCUCAUCGUCGACCACAAGCUCGCAAGCCGGAUACCCAACAAUUCCAGCCUUCAAUGGAUCUUAUCCAUCUACAAAUUGGACCGACUGGAACGGCACAAUCCCGUGGAACUUCAGUUCGGCAGUAACCACGUCCUCGUCCACCACAACCUCUGUGGCAGGCAUGCCGACAAUUCCAGCCUAUAAUGGAUCGUAUGCGGGCACAAACUGGACUGAUUGGAAUGGUACACUUCCGUGGAACGAGACUGAUGGAAGAAGUUUGACCACGUCAUCGACCGUAUCUCUGCUGACUACAACAACGUCGAUACUGUAUGUGUCACCGACAGCUACAGGCUACACGUCGACCUCAACAUUGACUUCCACGAUGAUGAGGACGUCGACUGGGGCUUUCCCCACAAUGACUGCUCCUGCCUACAACGAGACGCAGUGGCUCGACUGGCUCAACGGCACGAAUAGCACCGGAAACUGGACACUGCCAGUCAAUGCUAGCCGGCCCCUCAACUUGACCGAUCCUUUGUCCACCACUAGUUCCGUGACAAGCACCUCUACCUGGGCUAUUCCGACACUCACGUAUAACGGAACGGGCAAUUGGACAGAUUGGUACAAUUCCACCGGAAGCAAUGAGACAUGGCCACUGAGCUUCCCUGCUACAACUAGCACUUCGGUGUUUGUGACAAUAACUUCGUCCUCUGUGGUGCCUACAACAACGUCGGCGUGGGCUUACAAUGGCACAGGCAAUUGGACCGACUGGGCGGGCAAUGGAACUGCUCCUUUGAACUACACGAUCCCCGCCUCGAACUCGACCAAUUCGACGAUCCCGUGGAACAGUAACUCAACGUAUCCCGCCAGCAAUUCAUCCGAAUGUGGUGCUACUCCCCCUUCGCAACUUCUACAGAACCCAUCGUUCGAAUGCUCUGGUACGGGAUGGACACUGGACGAAGUGGACAUUGUCUGGGGAGGUGCGAGCGGAUCAUCCACAUCUGCCAAGCGCAUACGUGAUAUCUUGUCCCCCGACACGGCAUAUGAUGGCAAAGGGUUUGCUCGUUUUGAACCCACUUUUGAAGACGUGACUGCUACACUAUCACAGACACUCGCCACUCCAGCCACAAAUGGAUCCUAUUGGUAUUCCUUCGCCUACAGGGUUCCUUCUUCUGGGAUCACUCCGGAUGGAUGCACGUUGACUAUUUCGAACGAUGAAGGCACUUUGGCGACCCUCAGUUCGCUCUCCGCCGCCAGCACCUGGACCACAACCGGGAAGGAAUUCCAGAUAACAUCAUCAGCGAGCACGUUCUCUUUGGUCUUUAGCUGCAAUGGCGUCGAGACCUCUUCGCCAAUUCUAGACGUCGACAAUAUCAGGAUGGGUAUGGGCGGCGGCAAUUGGACUACUGCGAAUGGAACCUCUGGUGGAUACAGCAAUAGCACUGGGGUUCCAACUUGGACUGGUCAACCUCCUACCAACGUCACCUAUGGGCAGCCUCCAGCCAACCUGACUGGGCCGGGCUACGCUGGCAACUCGACUGACUAUACUGGAGGAGCUGGUGAAUCGGAAACGCAAGACGUCUCCAGCACCGAUCCUAUCACCACUUCCUCUGCUUUCUCUCCGCAGACGUCGACAGUUCCUGAUAUCCAAGUGCCGGCACCUACACCGGCAUUCUCAACGACACCAACGACGUCAUCUCCGACGCCAACUGCUACGGACCCAUCAGUGACGCCGGAUGCCAGCGAAUCUACGACGACGGCGGAUCCUUCAGUCGCGUCGACCACGACUGCAGCUGCAGCUGAAGAACCAACCACAACGUCAGCGUCAGCGUCAGCGUCAGCGACGUCCCCGCCCAGCGCGGAAUUUACGGCGAGGAACCGGGUUAAGAGGCACCGAUAUCAUCGGAACUCGUAGGGCAUGAAGCAUCUGGAUGCGAGCACUAAGCAUUUUUGGGAUGGGGGGAGUGACGCAGGGAACAAGAAACAUAUACCCCCACUAGUUUUUCUCUAGGUAGUUUUUUUUCAUGACUGGGUUUUCUUCACAGCCAAAAUUCCGGAUCCCUAAAGCAUCUUUCCACGACCUUUAGGGGAAUGAGAUUAUUGACACCACCACCCAGUCGCCCGUGGCCUCUUUGGGACCUCUCAUUGUCCGUCCUGUGAAAACAGGGUGAUGGAAGAACAAAGGGGAAGAUGAGGCAUUUGUUACUCCGCCCGAAGGGAACUGGGACCUUUAUGGGCUUGUUGGACAUUUUUCCCUUUUUGCCAUUAUUGGGAAGAGAGUUUUGUUGGCGCGGCAUUAAUUGUGGCUUCGUGGCUUCGUGGCUUCACGUACUCCUCGUACUUGUGGCGGCUUCUCUGGUUCCGCGUUCCAGCUGGGCCAGAUCCUCUAUCGCUUGUUUCUUCCUUUCCCCAUCGCUGCUACGUCAAUUCUGG